AGCUCUGUAGAGGGAGCGGGGUGCUCAUGGCACACGGCAAACCUGAAACAUACUGAAAAGUGUAUUUGCUGCCCCACUAAUAUUUCAAACAGCAUCAUGCAAAGGGGCUGGUUUUCUUCAGCUGGCAGGAAAAGUCGACUAGAACGCCCGUUUAACAUGAGUUCAAAUGCGGUCGGUUCGUUCUGAACACGGACACGUCCUCGGUUUGUAAAUAUUUGUGAAGCUAUUUGUGAAGUGGACCCACCUUCGGCCAUCCUUUUACAGCCUCCGCCUUCAAAGGAAAUAUUGCCUUCUCAUUUGCGAGCAGCUUCUGUUGCUGCCACCUCAGGGGGUGUUGUUCAUCAGUGGAAGGAAGGUGGAGACUUGAAGAAAAGGGGGAGGUUAGGAGCCCGAGAGAGCAGAGAGAGAGAGAGAGAGGAAACCUUGAAUGAGGGAUGAGUGGAGCUCAGCCUACAAACACACAGCAGAGCAGCCUGCAAGGACACCUCAAAUCACAGCCCGCCCGGACUUGAAACCGACCAAAGGUUUGGAAGCAGAAGAAGAGGGAGGCUCGUGUGUGACAAAUGUGCUGUUUGCAUUGCGCACUUGUGCAAGUCACCCCCAGCCACCCCCUGACGCAACAGGUCGGCGCCCAAAGUGCACCACCGCUGACUGAUGUCCGGAGGCUGCUAUCAAAGCCGCGGCCCUUGGGCACCGCGCAGCAGCUCCACUCAUGGGAUGUAGCGCAUGCAGAGUCAGGUUCAACUCAGCCAAGGCACUGUCCUUCCUCACCAUGCUCCUGAUCUUCACCUACUUCUUCUACUGUCUCACGGGGAUCUGCCACUCGGCUCCGAGGACAUUUUACGUGGACGAUGGGCGUCGCAGCCCGCCGGAGCGGCCCGGGAGCGCUUCCCCGGUGGACGCACAGGCGGUUCAGCCCCGCAGCCUCCUGGAGGACAGCAGCAGUAACAACAUGCCCGUGUCCAACACCUUUGGCAGCAAACGCUUCCCGCAGGCCAUCAUCAUUGGCGUGAAGAAGGGAGGAACCCGCGCCUUGCUCGAAUUCCUCCGGAUCCACCCGGACGUCAGAGCUGUAGGAGCCGAACCCCACUUCUUUGACAGAUUCUACGACAAGGGACUGGAGUGGUACAGGAACUUGAUGCCUCGAACGCUGGAGGGUCAGAUCACCAUGGAGAAGACCCCCAGCUACUUUGUCACAAAGGAGGCGCCGAGCCGCGUCUGCACUCUGAACUGCCAAACCAAACUCAUCGUUGUGGUCCGGGAUCCCGUGACCCGAGCCGUGUCUGACUACACGCAAACUCUUUCCAAGAACCCGGGCCUCCCCUCGUUCCAGAGCCUGGCCCUGAGGAACGCUUCAACGGGCCCGAUUGACACCUCGUGGAGCGCCGUUCGCAUCGGCCUCUACGCCAAACAUCUGGAGAACUGGCUUCAGCACUUCCCCCUGUCACAAUUUCUUUUUGUUUGUGGCGAGCGGUUAGUGUCCGAUCCCGCUGGCGAGAUGGCUCGGGUUCAGGACUUCUUGGGCCUGAAGAGGGUUGUUUCCGACAAGCACUUCUACUUCAAUCAGACCAAAGGUUUCCCUUGCUUGAAGAAACCCGAGGGGAGCAGCAGGCCUCGCUGUUUGGGCAAGUCAAAGGGGAGGCCGCAUCCCCACAUUCCCAGCGCCGUCCUGCAGAAACUCAGAGAUUUCUACAGACCCUAUAACCGACGCUUCUACCAGAUGAGCGGGCAAGAUUUUGGAUGGGACUGACAGCGGGACAGUAGCCCAGACAAAAAAAAAAAAAAAACUGAUUCUGACUUUGUCUCAGGAACCGGAUGUGAUGCAGCAUCUUCCAAGUGAACCUCCUUCAGGGUAUCCAGGAUCACAUGAAAAAGGAAUCAAGUUUCUCCCAAGCAGCCAGUUUAAAAUAAAUAAAUAAAUAAAUAAAUAAAUAAAUAAAUAAACAAACAUGAUUGAAUGAACGAACAAAUGAAUGAAUCACACAAGUACGAUUAUGAAAUUCAAUGAUAAAUAGUCUCAGACAAUGUGGUCUGGCUUCAACAGAAUAUAGUGCUAAGCUAGCAUUAGCACUGUGAUAACAAAAUGAAAAUACAAUCGCUUAUCUUCCUUACGAAUGGACAGGAGCAAACAAUACGGAUCGAACAAUCGAACCAAAUCAAGAACUAAUACCUGCACGGAGAUUCGGGCAGGCAUUGAGCACAAGAAAAGAACAAAAGACAUUUCACGAAAACGGUGGAAACAACCGCCAUGACGUGCGACUGCUUUGCUGUCGCGUAAAAGCCGCCGACGCCGCUGAACUACAGCGCUGCCUUUGCUCGUUUAUUGAACCAAAGGGAAAAAAUUGCCUCCAAGUCUAUUUUGGACUUUAAUAAGCUGAUAUUUAUAGUUGAUGUUGAUUUACUGAUAACUGAAAGAUCUUUUAUGUAUUUAUGACACAUCAAGACGUGAAAAAAAUGCCUUACUGACAUUUCCGUUCUUGUUUGCAGUAUUAAGCUAAGUGGAUUGUUCUUAUUUUCACGAACAUUUACCCAUCAGAAGGAAAUGUGUUUUAGGUUACAGGGUGCCAACUGUGUUUCAUUUUAAACUCCGUAUUCAAGUUGUCAUUCUCAGUGUUGUAAAGUUCUGUUCUGUUUUCCAUGACUGCCAGCGUCCCCGCUUCAUUUGUUGGCCCGGCCUCACAGAAAAGUUUUUGCUCGAGCCGUAUUGGAAUUGAAACCACUUGUCCCGCCUCGCAAUCUCAUGCACUUGGUGACACUUCCGUACAUUUGAGCCACAUGUGCAAUCGCAGGCCUUUCAUUAUGACCGUGGGGCUCCGAAUUAGUCGGUAUCCGUUCGUGACACACCGCCAGCCUGUACCGAAGCGACACAACAAACAAAAAACAAACCUCCAAAAGUUGUGAUCAG